AUGUCGACCCCACCUGCCCCUAAUCUUGUCGACUGCCUCACUGCCGCCGAGUGGACGCCUGUGUUGGUCGAAGCCCAACCUCUCUCGAUCGACACGAAAGGAAACUUGGUCAUUGUCCUCGACAACGUCUUGACACGGGACGAGUGCGAGAAGCUCAUUGCAUUCUCUGAGGCGAGCGCCAAGGGCUACGAGGCUGCGCUGACCCACGUCGGCUACGGCGUCCAACAGCUCCGUCCUGAGAUUCGGCACAGCGACCGCUGCAUUCUGAACGACACGGCAACCGCUACGACCUUGUGGCACCGUAUCAAGGACCAUCUUCCUGCAACCUUUGGCAACCGAACUUUGGUUGGCAUCAACGAGUGCCUUCGAUUUCUGCGCUACGGCGUCGGCCACCACUUCUCCCCUCACUACGAUGGCUGUUAUAACCGCGGCGACGGCGAGUACUCGGUGCUCACCGUGCAGUUCUACUUGAACUCGAUCGAGGCGGGCGGCGAGACUGGCAUGUGGAUCGGAGAGGGCGAGAUGCACGUUGUGCCCAAGCCGGGCCGCGUCCUCAUCUUCCAGCACCGGGUGUUCCACUCGGGCGAGCCAGUGCAAGCGGGCAUCAAGUACGCGAUCCGGUCCGACAUCAUGUCGCGGCCCACGAGUACGCACGUGGAGGUGCCCACUUCAACGUUGGACGCGUCAACAUCUGAAGAGCACGCAGCCGCGUCCGCCGAGUUGCCGAGCAGCCACGUUGCCGAGUAACAUAAUACUAGUACAGUAUUUUUUGUU